AUGUCCGUCGGCGAUUUAUCGGCGUCCCAAAUCGCCGAGGAAAUCAUCAUCCUCUCCAAAGACCCUCUCUCCACCCUCCCCUCCUCCUUCUCCGACUCGGACCUCGUCGCCGCCGCCGCCACCGCCCCCAACUCCGCUUCCUUCCUCUCCGCCCUCCUCUCCCUCCUCUCCUGCUCCCCCUGCCCCUCCCUUCUCCACGCCCUCACCCCUUCUCUCCCCACCCUCCUCCUCCCCUCCAUCUCCGUCCCCGAUUCUCCCCACCCGCUUGAUCUCCUCCCCCGCAUCCUUGAUCUCGCCUCCGCCGAUGCGUCUGUCUCUCCGAUCAUUGACCGUUUCCUCGAUGCCGAUUGGCCCAAGCACCUCCUACUCAAGCUCGCCUCCAUCCUCCGUGACUUCCCGGCCAGCAUCCCGCUCUCCGGGUUUCUCCACAAGAUCCUGACCGAAAUGAAGGGGAUUGAUCUCCAGGACUUGCCGUCCCUGGCGUACCAGCUCUUGGUUGUGGCUUCCAAGGGCCCCGAUAGGAGAUCAGUCGUCCGAGGGCUUUUAGGGUUUUUUGGGAACCCGGUGCGUGGCGCCGGCGCGGUCGUGCGGCAGGUGGAGGGGACGGUGCUGAUGCAUUUGAACUUUGCUGUGAAGCAGGACCCGGCGCUAGGGCAGGAGAUCGUGGCAUCUGUUCGGUUAGACUUGCGAUCGAUCAGCCAUUUCGUGGUUGCCGUGCUGUUCUCCAUUGCUAGGGUUCGGAGGUUCAAUGAGAGCUCCAUUGGAGCUCUCCGCAUGGCAGUGCUUGGUUCUCGCAGGGACUUCCAGGCUGCAAGGGACUGCAAGUGGUUGCUGGAUUGCCUGAAAGAAGAGUGCUUGGAGAUUGCACUGUCUGUUGAGAAGGCAUUCAUGAAAGCUAUUAAUGAGAGUAAUUGUGGAAGAGAACAUGUGGUGCCUAGCAUUGUUCAAUUCGGGUUUGUUUUGUUGGAAUCAGUGGAGAGUGAGAACGGGGAAGAUGCUGGUUGUUCAGGAGGUUUGGUGAGUAUUGAGGAGCUUGGGAUUUCGACACUGAAGACUCUGUUUGAGGUCCAUGAUAUGGCGAGGAAUGAGAUUAUAGAGCAGUGUAAAUUUCGAGUCCUUUCUCUGAAGCCCCAGCAGAGUGCAGCUGUCAUCAGGUUGCUUGGCAAUCUGGUUCAAAGUUACCCGUUCCCCAUGCUGGAACAUGUUGGAAAACUAAAGGAACUAUUGGAUUAUUUCAUAUUUAUGCAUGAAAAAACUGCUACUAGUCUUGUCAAUGCCAUCUUGCCACUCAUUAGGUUCAGCUGUGAUCUCCAGGAUUACAUUAUUUUGGUUGUAAGGAAGGCUAUGUUCAGAAGAGAAGACGCAGUCCGUUUGGCUGCAACAAGUGCUAUCAUUGAAAUGAUUUUAGCAGAAAAUAGGUUGAAAAGAAAUAAUACAAGUUCUUUGCAAGAUUCUUCUAGCCAAGCCAGUUGUAGCCAGCAAGCUGAUUUACACUGUAAGAACAAGGAAGGUCUCUUUCAAGAAUUGAGUGGCUUGCUCCGAAGGUGUCUUUCACAGCAGGCCAGAGUUAAAGAGAUUUUGUACCAGGGCCUUGUGAAACUUGUUUUGUUGGACCCUUCUGCCUCUAGCUGUGUUUUUGACUUCCUGUGGCCUCACUUCCUGCAAUUCUAUAAGGAGGAUGCUGCUACCCCUCUUAGGCUUGAUAAUUGUUCAAAGUUGGAUAGUGGAAAAUUUUCAUUAAUAGAACCUCUGGACAGUCUUCUAUCGUGUGUUUCAUGUAUUCUUCUUCUUCAGCCACAUGGUAAACCUGACCGGCCAUCUGACUUCUCUUUGCCAUGCUUUGGGUUUUCCCUUUCACAAGAGAAUGAGGCAGGAACAUCAACAUCUGGUGAACUAUUCUCAAAUGCCUUAAAGAAAAUCCGUACAACUUUGAGCCAAUACAGAUUAGGUGAGCACCAGGAGUCUGGAUCUCAUCCUGCCAACGGUGAGAAGACUUGCUGUGAUGGUCCUAUACUUGCUGGAAUUAUAGAGGUCAUAGUGAACAUAAUUAUUGCAGAACUGGAAAAAGCAUCAGAAGAACAAAAGAUGACCUUUGAAAAAGAAAUCCUGGAACUUAUUGACGUUUAUGAUUCUUUAGAAAAGGCAUCAGGUACCAACAAACAGGGAACUCUCCUUAGAAAAGGGUCUAAGGUAAAUGUGCAAGAUAUCCCUGAUAAAACUGACAAUGCAUCCAAAGAGGGCUCUCGUCCUUCCGCUCCAAAAUUAUUUCAAAUGAGAAGGCAUUUCCUUGUAACCUCAAGUAUUCAUCAAUUGCUUGGGAUUGCAGUUAAGUUAUUCAGUGCUGGCAAUUAUAAUAACCAGGCAGUUUCUCAGAGCAACAGUCAAUCACUUUAAGAAAGCAUUUGAUCAGUGUUUGAAACUAGACGGACACUAUGGAGGGGAUCCGUUGAAACUCUAAUUUAUGGAGAUGUCAAACCGCUGGGACGUCCAGUAAUGCAGUUGGCCUGGUUACUCAAAUCAAGUCCAAAGUUACAAAGCAGUGCCAAGAAAAAAGAAGCCAAAGGAGAUCAGCUCCAUUUAUCACUGUUAUGCUUGAACGAGUUGUUUAAAUUGAAUUCAUAUCAUGACAGUUUCAAUGAGCUGAUUGAGGAUCUUGUCUGUGUGGCUGCUCCAGAGUUUGAAUUGGAGUGUGAAAUGGAUGAUGUUCAGGGUAGCAUCCAUGAACAAGACUUGAUGAUGGAUGACAGUCAUGUGAAAUCCAUAAAUUUACUAUUGGAGAAACGGAUAAAACCACUAUAUUUGGUGCUUCUUUCUGCAUCAUUUUAUCGAGAAACAGAGGUUUUGUCAGAAUUGUUUCUAACCAUCUGCAAGAAACUGCCUGACAAAAUAAGGGCUUCUCAUGGAUGUUGGGUGGUGAAAAUCUGCAGGAAUACUAUGAUUGAAAGUCCUAAUGCCGCAAGAAGUGUUCUUGAUCUAGCCAUUCAUCUUGUAUCAUCCCCAUAUGAUCUGAUUCUCGCUCAUGAGAUUGCUUCAGAGCUAGUGAAGGUCAUUGGAUCUGAAGAUAAAGAACCAAUUGAGUUAUCUGAAGCAUUUGCAAUUGUAAAUUAUUCUACAAAGACUGCAAUUGCUUCCGUUUUACUUCAAUUAGUUGAACAAUCUCUCACUGAUUUAGAUUGGUCUACGUCAAAACUAAAAUCCUACACUAUUUCAUAUCAAGAAGCCAGAGUUUCUGGAGAGAGGUCUAAUGGAUCAGUGCUUGAAGAAUCACUCUAUUCCAGAACAGAAGCAUUAGUAAAUCUGCUGUCUUCUUUCACAGAGAUGAACCUCAAUGACUCUCAAUCAGAUCAGCUACUUCGAAUAACCACAAAGUUCUACAAGCUCUUAGCGAGAAUGACAAAGCUUUGCAUCGCGCCGAAGGGAUCCAAACAACUUCUACCGGGCCACAAGUUUCAGAAACUCGCAGAAACAACAUGCCGAAAGCUUACUAGUCCUCUGUAUAACUUUGUGGCACUAGUGCAAAGAAACCAACAGGAGAAUGUUCAGAGAAAGGGAAUCAUCGGCAAGAUCAAAAGGGAGAGUAAAUGCAUUCCUGAACUGAUAUUCCAGAUAGAAGACUAUGAAAAAUAUCUCAUUCAGUUGAGUAAGCUAACUAAAGUUAAUUUACUGAGACAUGCUAAGCGUAGCACUGCAAGGGAUUUUAAGAUUUUGGAAGCAAAGAAACCUGAAAGAGAUGAGCCUUGUUCUUCAUCAUCUGAAGCUGAAGGUGAAGGUGAACAUGAGCUAGUUAAUGAAGAUGCAUGCAUGGAACCUUGUGAUGAAGAGAGCACAGGUGAAGAAGAAGGAGAGGAAAUGGUGAUAAAAAGCAGAAGCAAAGUUGAAUAAGGUGGUGCAAGACUCUGAUGAAGAAACAUGAAGAUGAAUCAAAGGUUGGUAUAUAAUGAACUUCAGAUUCUGUGAAUACUUUUUUCAGUUAUGAUUUUAUGACAAUGACUAGGGAGAAACAAUUUGAUGAG